AUGGUCUUUUGGGGGAUAUUUCUACUGCUCGGAUGUGUUGCAUUUUACGUAAAUGCAGGCGUUAUUGGUUCACUUCAGAGUGUCACCGUGGUAGGUCGGUUUGCGUGUGGUAACAGAGCAGCACGUGAUCCUGAUGACCAAUUAAACACCACUAUAUCCGAUGCCAAAGGAGCUUUUGAAAUAUAUGGUCAAGACAAGGAAGUGGCAGCAAUUGAACCCUACCUAAUCAUUAAGCAUAGCUGUGAUAAGGGCGUUAUUAAUCGGGCCAGUCUUCAUAUCUUUUCCUGA